GAGCGUUUCCUAACGUGAGAGGCCGGGCGCCGCGGGCGAGGGGCGGGGAGCGCGGCCCGCGGGCGGCGAGGCGCCGGGCGGAGGCGGCGGGCCCCAUGCCGGCGGCCAACAUGAUGGAGAGCCUGCAGCCGCCCGCCCUGCAGGUGCCCGAGCCGCGGGGCGCGCCCGAGGGCAGCCGGGUCUGGUCCAGCUCGUCGACCCCCACGCUCCGCCGCCGGCGCUUCAAGAUGCGCCGCACCAAGAAUGUGCAGGAGCCGAGCCUGGAGGCCGGGCUGAGCCGGGAACUGCCCGGCGUCUUGGCUCCGGGCAAGGAGUUUCUGCAGCUGCCGUCCAUCGAGAUCACGCCCUCCAGCGACGAAGACACCCCGUGGUCCAACUGCUCCACGCCCAGCGCUUCCCCGCGCCGCAAACGCUUCCUCCUCCGCAAGUGGCUGCGGGUGAGUGAGCGGAAGGAGUGCAGCGAAAGCAGCAGCCAGCAGAGCAGCCAUGAUGAUGACUCUAGCAGGUUCCUGAGUCCUUGGGUGCGGGAAGAAAGCACUGCCAGUAACUCCAACCGCAGCACGCCGGCCUGCUCCCCCAUCCUCCGGAAGCGGUCUCGCUCGCCACCCGCUCAGAGCCCGGACGGAGACACCAUGGUGGAGAAGGGCUCAGACCACUCCUCGGACAAGUCGCCGUCCACGCCGGAGCAGGGCGUGCAGCGCAGCUGCUCCUCGCAGUCGGGCCGCAGCGCUGGCAAGAACUCCAAGAAAAGCCAGAGUUGGUAUAAUGUGUUAAGCCCCACUUACAAGCAGAGAAAUGAAGACUUCAGAAAGCUCUUUAAGCAACUUCCAGACACGGAGCGCCUCAUCGUUGAUUACUCCUGCGCACUCCAAAGAGACAUUCUUCUUCAGGGCCGACUCUACCUCUCUGAAAACUGGAUCUGCUUCUACAGCAACAUCUUCCGCUGGGAAACUCUGCUGACCGUUCGUUUGAAAGACAUCUGCUCCAUGACUAAAGAAAAAACAGCCCGCCUCAUUCCCAACGCCAUCCAAGUUUGCACUGACUCGGAAAAGCACUUUUUCACUUCCUUUGGGGCCCGGGAUAGGACGUAUAUGAUGAUGUUCCGCCUCUGGCAGAACGCUCUCCUGGAAAAGCCCCUGUGCCCCAAGGAGCUCUGGCACUUCGUUCACCAGUGCUACGGGAAUGAGCUGGGCCUGACCAGCGAUGACGAGGACUACGUGCCCCCUGAUGACGACUUCAACACGAUGGGCUACUGUGAGGAGAUCCCUGUAGAGGAGAAUGAAGUGAAUGACAGCUCUUCCAAAAGCAGCAUAGAGACCAAGCCGGAUGCCAGUCCACAGCUGCCCAAGAAGUCCAUCACCAACAGCACACUGACGUCCACGGGGAGCAGCGAAGCGCCCGUCUCGUUUGACGGCCUGCCCCUGGAGGAGGAGGUGCUGGAGGGCGACGGGUCCCUGGAGAAGGAGCUCGCCAUCGACAGCGUCAUCGGGGAGAAGAUUGAGAUCAUCGCGCCCGUGAACUCCCCUUCGCUAGACUUCAACGACAACGAGGACAUCCCCACCGAGCUCAGUGACUCUUCCGACACCCACGAUGAAGGGGAGGUCCAGGCCUUCUACGAGGACCUGAGUGGCCGGCAGUACGUGAACGAAGUCUUCAACUUCAGCGUGGACAAGCUGUACGACCUCCUGUUCACCGACUCGCCCUUCCAGCGGGACUUCAUGGAGCAGCGACGCUUCUCAGAUAUCAUCUUCCACCCGUGGAAGAAGGAAGACAGUGGAAACCAGAGCCGAGUGAUUCUUUACACCAUCACCCUUACCAACCCUCUGGCUCCCAAAACUGCCACUGUCAGGGAGACACAGACCAUGUACAAGGCGAGCCAGGAGAGCGAGUGCUACGUGGUCGACGCCGAGGUCCUCACGCACGACGUGCCAUAUCACGACUACUUCUACACCAUCAACCGCUACACUCUCACCCGCGUGGCCCGGAACAAGAGUCGACUCAGGGUCUCCACAGAGCUGCGCUAUCGAAAACAGCCCUGGGGGCUGGUGAAAACGUUCAUCGAGAAGAACUUCUGGAGUGGGCUGGAGGACUACUUCCGCCACUUGGAGAGCGAGCUGACCAAAACGGAGAGCACCUACCUGGCUGAGCUGCACAGACAGUCUCCCAAGGAGAAGGCCAGUAAGCCCCCGUCGGUGCGGAGGAGGAAGCGUCCCCAUGCCCACCUGCGGGUGCCCCACCUGGAGGAGGCCAUGAGCCCCGUGACCACGCCCACCGAUGAAGAUGUGGGCCACAGGAUCAAGCACGUGGCAGGUUCCACGCAGACACGGCACAUCCCCGAGGACGGCCCCAAUGGCUUCCACCUGCAGAGUGUGUCCAAGCUGCUGCUGGUUAUCAGCUGUGUUCUGGUGCUGCUGGUCAUCCUCAACGUGAUGCUCUUCUACAAGCUCUGGAUGUUGGAAUAUACCACCCAGACCCUCACUGCCUGGCAGGGUCUGCGGCUCCAGGAAAGGUUACCCCAGUCUCAGACAGAGUGGGCCCAGCUCUUAGAGUCCCAGCAAAAGUACCACGAUACCGAGCUCCAAAAAUGGAGGGAGAUCAUCAAAUCCUCGGUGAUGCUUCUUGACCAGAUGAAGGACUCGCUCAUCAAUCUUCAGAACGGCAUCAGGGCCCGUGACUACACGUCAGAAAGUGAAGAGAAGAGGAACCGCUAUCACUGACCAGGCAGGAGCGGGGGCAGCUGCAGGAGGCCUGUGCAAUACGUGUACAUAGACCAUAUAAAUAUAUAUGUAUAAAUAGAGAGAGAAUAUAAAUAUAUAUAUUAUAUACAGAUUUUAAAAAGAGAUAAUGCCUAUGUACCAGGGAGAAGGAGCGGGACCGCCCCCCUGUGCUGGCCGGCGGCGGGGCCGAGGAGGGCAGGGACCACCUCUCAGCACCGACCUCCCCUGACCCUCCUCCUCCCCAUCCUCUCGUCCCCACCCUUUCCCUCGCUGGCCAUUCUUGGCUCUGAGAAGGGAAACGUUGAGCCAAAGUUAUGCCUGUGAAGACCCUGGGGUCGUGAAAAGAAGUCUCAAGGGGGCAUUGCUUAAGGUGCUUCAUUCCCUAAUCCCCUUUUGAUUUGUUUCCAAAAUAAACAAGAAUCUUUUUUUCCCUACCCAACACUUCCCCAAGUGUUCUCUUGGGAGCAAGGAAGCAUCAAAAGCAGGAGCACAAGCUAAACUCUACCAUGUGAGGCCGCCCCCUGCACGUGGCCCGCGCACCAUGAGCCGGGUGCAGAGGACCGCGGGACAGCUGGGGAGGCCCCGGAGGGAUUGGGCUUUGUAGCCGCAGGCUCCUGAGGGCUUGUGUUCUGAAGGGUGUUCUCCUCCAUCACCCCCUGUACCUUCCUCUACCCUGCGUGGGGUGUGGACCCAAUAAGGGCUGGGGAUUUCUUACUUUCCCACCCUCCCCCCCACCCCUUCUCUCUGGUCUUUUCCCAGGCUGGAUCUGGGUGAAGUGUCACUUUUUAGUGCCUAAAGCCCUAUUUUUCCUCUGUGCCCUAAGAGCACAUUGUUUAUUCAUCAGGGUGGAGCAUUUUUGAUCUUGUUAAACCUCUUUUAGCGAUUGUAAGCAAGUCAGCUCUGUGGCUCUAACCCCUUCCCUUUGAGCUGUCAUUUGAUUUCUAGGAUGAAUCAGGGUGUCCUAGGGCCUCCAGGGUUUGAGAGAGUGAAUGCACUAGCCAUGGAAGAAUUGUAGGGUCUAACCACAGAACUACUGUGAGUCAUGAGCACCAAUAUCCAAGCACUCUUUGGCGGCCAGCCUCAUUUCCUCUCAGCGAGGAACCAGCUUAGUCAAGGGAGACAACCGUCUGAGACACUUUGCACAUGAAAGAAGACCUAAGCCUUGGAGGGAAUGGAUUUGGCAAAGGUGCGUAGGUUUGGGCAGGAAAAAGCCAGAUCGAGUCUACCCCACAGAGGGCCAUUCCAAACCCUGUUUCUGAGAGUUGGGAGUGGAAGUUCUGGCAGAGAGAGCAACCAGCGCCUUCUCUGGUCUCUGGCCCCAGAGAGGUAUGAGAUCACUACAGAGUAGAAAGAAGACCAUGGGUUAGGAAAGUGAGCCAUCUAGGGCCUUUCGGGGGUUGGCUCACAGAACUGAUGGCCCAUCUGGGCAUGCUUACCGUCCUUCACACACUAACUACUAUCUCUCCCUGUGAUGACCCAAGGAAUCCUGCCAGCCCCAGGCAGAGCUUGUAGAGAUUCUUGAUCAGGAAAGGAUUAAACCAGUUUGGCAAGGAGAGCUCUUCCAGAUUGCUUGUUCUAGUGGACCUCUUGGUGGAAGGGACAGAGGAAAGGAAGGUAGAUUUGAUCACUGAUCUAGCCCAAAAGAAGACCAUGUUGUAUUCUCUGGGACUGGCCUGGGCAUCCCACUUUAGCGAUUAAAGAAAGUUUUUGACUCUUCAGUCUGUCUGAGAAGAGGGCCUCAUUAUUGCCCUAAGGGCAGGAUGAGAAGACAGAAAGAUACACACCCAGGCCAUCCCCCGCAGGGGGAGUAGGAUGAGAUGGAUGAUUCCAUAAUGGUCAUCUAGAAUUGUUGAUAUCCCUUCUUUAGAAAAGGAGAUAUGAGCAAAUGGAGUUGAAUGUAAUCCUUGUGAAGUGUGCAUAUGCCCACAGGCCAGCGGCUCAAGAUCAUUUCUGUCCCUGUCCGGGACUUUGAAUGGGAGACCCUGGUGAGGGUCAGGGUUCAUGGGCCCUGAGCCAAAGAAGGAGAAACAGUGCAGACUGCUAGGAAUUUUCCGGUUGGAGUAGCCAGAAGUCAAAAUUAUUCCCCGAAACUUUUGAAAGGAAAGGACAAAUGAUAAAUUCUCUAAUUUAUUCCAUACGUAAUUAUUUAUUUAAAUUAUUCACUUAUUAAAGGUACCAUAUUGGGACCUUUGGGAUGACUUUAAAAGGACUCUUUGCUGGGAAUAAAGUGGUGUAGUGGGCCUGGCUACGCAGAAUUGUUCGGCUUUUGCUUCACCUCUCAGGCCCCUCUCAGGGAGGAGUAGGUGACAGGGAGGGAUGUCCAAGGAACCCUCUUGAUUUCUGGGGUUUUGAACCCGGGAGACAGUGUGUACACAUGGGAAGCAUCUCUUGGCCUGCCUCAUUUCUAAGAAUCACGGAUCGUUUGUGGGAGCUUUCUAGUCUAGUAAUUUUUUGAUUUUCAAACCAGGAGAAAACCAACAGCUGUGUUCACUACCAAACAGAAGCUUUUCCCCUUUAUUCAGGAACCUGUCAAAGAGAAGGGUCCUUGCCCUAGCAGCUCAGUCUGGGAGUGAAACACACAAAUAACAUUGUAACUCAUGGCUGGCAACCCUGGGUUGUAAGGGAGCAUUAAAACCACCAUUUCUUAUGUUA